ACCCUUGUCCCACUACAAAUCUACCACUUCCUCUUCUCAACCUCUCCCUCUACAUCAUACACCUCAUCAACAUGGAACUCCCCUACGUAACCCUCGACGUCUUCACCCGCUCCCGCUUCGCCGGCAACCCCCUCGCCGUCGUCACCAUCCCCCCCUGGGGCCCGCAGCCAACCCAAGCCCAGAAACAAACCAUCGCCCGCGAAUUCAACUUCUCCGAGACAAUCUUCAUCCACGACGUCGCCGACCCGGCCACCAACUCCUCCCGCACCAUCGACAUCUUCCUCACCACCGCCGAGAUCCCCUUUGCCGGCCACCCAACCAUCGGCGGCGCCAUCACGCUGCUAUCCCAGGGCGUCACCCAAAUCGUCACAAAGGCCGGCCCCAUCCCCGUCACGCCCACCGGCCCGGACUCCGUCUCCAUCGCCGUCCCGCACAACGUCCACCUGCACGCCGCCAGCCUCGCCUCCUAUCCGGGCCUCGAGCCCGCGGUGCACCUCCAGCGCAAUGAGACCAUUCGCCAGCUGGAGCUUGCGGCGCCCGUCUUCAGCCUCGUCAAGGGCAUGACCUUUGUGCCCAUUGAGCUGUCGUCGCUGGAGCUGCUCGCCGCCGUCAACGUCAGCAGCAUGGAGUUCAAGGCCGCCGAUUUUCUGGAUGCCGACUGGCAGCAGGGCUUUGUCGGCCGCUUCUACCAUGUUCGCACGGGCACCUCGACCACGGACGACGGCGUGCCUGUGAUCCAGCUGCGCACUCGCAUGAUGGCCCAUGACCUGGAGGAUCCCGCCACAGGCUCGGCUUCGUGCUGUCUGGCGGCCUACAUGAGCAUCCACGGAGGAGACAAGCAGACGACGCAGGCAAGACGGUACGAAUUCACCCAGGGCGUCGAGAUGGGCAGGGAGAGCUUCAUUGUGGUCGACGUCACCCUCAAAGACGGUGCUCUUGAUACAGUCACACUUGCUGGGUCGGCGGUCCAAGUCAUGCGUGGACAUGUUACCAUUUAGUAGAGCCACUACUCUGAUAAAGAAUAACUUGCCCCGGCGCCAUUUGUCUCACAAAGAAAGAAAGAAAAAAAUCCAUAACCUUUCGCCUUUGCAAUGUCCAUCGUAGCCCUUGCUUCCCUCUUCAUAAACUGUCAUCUUGAACCCAAAUGUUAUCCGGCUAGGUUCCAUAACCCUAGAUGCUCCCAAAUACGCCACCCCUCUCGCAUCGAAAAAAAAAAGCAUUUAUCGUACAUUAAUACAAAGUAUUACAUUUAUACCGUUCGCUCAAGUCGCCCCCUCCUUGUAUAUGCUCAACCGAGCAAAACUAGAUCCGAACUUUUCUUUGACAGUUCACCCUUUUCCCUUUCCGUUCUAUUCCCAGUGAAGAAAAAAAAAAGGACAAUAUAGAAUAAAAAAGAUAAGACAAGUAAAAUUGAGCAAACCGAAUUCCUUGCUCCGACGCACCAAAAUUUAUGCGAUUAGACUCAUAGAACCUCUCCCCACUGUGUCAUCGUAGCUUCGUGUCGAGUCCUUUCGAUGUAAAUUAUACCCGUUGAAGCACAGAGGCGAACCGUUCAGCAACCUCGGGGGUUGAUCUGAUAAAGGGGAGUUCAAAGAACAUGUUUCUCUCGUUCUUGCAUAUUUCUAC